CUUCGACGUGGUCAGUGCGGCACAACCCCUUUACGGCGAUGCCUUGUUUCUUAAACGAUGCAUUCAACAGGAUGGGCGAGGAGGUCAGUAGUGAGGACGACUGUGAAUGAGCUGAUUUUCACAGGAUUUCAGGACCCAGUGUUGGAUUUUGUGCAGAAGGACAUCGUCGCCGAAAUGGUUCUUUGCAUUUCAUGUUGGACAUCUUACAUCUACCACCUGGUCUCUCUGACUACGAUAAAUUUGGCUGGUUUUAUAUGAGAAAUUUGUCUUUAUACUACGAUGGAAUCUUCAACAUGAAGACCGGAUCAGAUGAUUUAAGGAAUGUUGGGAAGAUCGACCUCUGGAACUACACUAGGGCGACGCCCUUCUUCGACAGUCCCUGCAACGCCGUGGCUGGAUCUGCUGGGGAGUACUUUGAGCCAGAUUUACAAAGAGACAAGAUCGUGUUCUACAGCUCCGAUCUUUGCAUGAGUAUGAAGAUGGAGUACCAGAAAGACGUGGACAAGAGUGGACUGAAAGCCUUUAGGUUUUGGGGAAGCAACAACACGUUCGCCAACGGUUCCCUGAUCCCUGGGAAUGAGUGCUACUGUGUCAAAGGGACUUGUGCUCCAACUGGGAUGUUGAAUGCGGAGUCCUGCAGGAUGGGUUCCCCAGCCUUCAUAUCCUUCCCGCAUUAUUUCAACGCAGACCCUUUCCUUCUGGACCAAGUCGAGGGUCUCUCGCCUGAUGAAGACAAACACGCAUUCAUCAUGGACAUAAUGCCAGAAGCGGGAGUUCCAGUGAACGUGAGAGCCCGUAUGCAAAUCAACAUGAAAGUGACCCCGUACCCUGGAGGCAGGAAGGGUAAGAUUGACAUCCUGAAGAAGGUCCCAGACAUCUACCUUCCAAUGAUAUGGUUCGAGGAACUUGCUGAAGUUCCCGAAGAUAUGGUGGGCCAACUGAAAGCACUGCAAUUCAUCAAGACUACUCCUACCAUGACCAUCGUAUUCUCUCUGACACUUCUUCUCGGCCUUGGAAUGAUGGCCUACCUGGUGUAUGCGAGAUUAAGGAAGUAGAAACUUAGUCAAAAGGAGUUCAGAUGCUGGGUGAUAACUUGCCUGUGCCUCCAGAGGCUAGUUUUGAAUUCGGGUACAUGAAAUUAAGGAAGUAGAAACAUAUUAUCCUGUAGACAAGAAGGAAUUGAAGCUGUUGGAUAACUUUUCUGUGUACUUGAAGUUAAGAAAGUAGAAACGUAGUAUCCUGUAGACAAGAAGGAAUUUCAGGCACUGGGUAACUUGGCUGUUCUUCCAAAGGCUAUUUUUAAAUUGGUGUUCUUGAGAACAAGGAAACAGAAACUCAGUAUCCUGUAAACAAACUGGAAAGAACUAGUCCUGGAAAACUCGCCUGUAUUUCCAGAGACUAGAUAUAAAAUGGCCAUUCACUCCUUUUGCAUUUGCCAGUUUUCGAAGCAUAUACCUUUAAUUUAUAUGAGUACAGAGAUAUUAAAUUCACAUUUAGAUAGAUCCAGUUAUGCUUAAAUACCAAAUUACUUAACCGGGUUCCUCACUAUUUGGGAUAAAUUAUUUAAACAGGACUGAAAAGUGAACUAUGAAAGUCUGUGUAAAUAAAUACAGAGUAAAAAUAAGUUUGUUUAAAU